GAGUUGAGAGAAUCUACCGACAAGUUAAAUUCAUCAACAGCAGAGAAUCCAUUCUCUGAGCAACAGACAGCUCCAGCUCUUGCUCUGGUGAAAAAACAGGAGAUUGAUAUUGUGAGAAUUGAUCACAUGGCCAUUGCUUUGUCAAAGACAUUCAAGUCACCAGUAGUGGAUACCAUACAAUGUCUUCCUCAACAUCAACAGAUUAUAAUGUGCUCUGCUGCAAAGCAUUUCCGUGGUGUGAAGAAAGAUACAACUAUAGGAGAGUUAAACAAAUCUUACAUAGACAUCUGCAAAGCAACACUAAUUCCCCCGGUUGGGAGUUUUGAAUUUUCAAGUAUGUGCAAAGUGCUAAAUGACCAGGGCCUCCUCAAACUCAGUGGCCAAUCCAGAGAUAUAAAAUCCAAGAGAGUGACAUUGAAUGUAGAUGAAGGGGACAUCACAUUUGCAUUGCAGGGAAUCCGGUUUUUUCGGACUUGUCUUGAGUAAUUAUGUUCAGCUUAGAGAUCAAUGCUCCCAAUUUU